AUGGUCUCGACCGGUGUCAACGUUUUCCGGUGGUCCGCCCUGGCCUUCGGUGUCUUCUACGGCUUCUCGCACCAGCGGGCGAUAACGGCCAACCAAAAGGCCAUCCACGACAAGCACGAGUGGGAGCAGAAGCAAAAGGUGAUAGAUCAGGCCAAGGCCGAGUACCAGAAGAAGAAGAACCCUGCCCCCGCCUCGAGCGACGAUGUUGUGAUGGACCCUGCCGACCCCAAAUUCGAUCUUGAGAAGCUACUGCUCAAGGUUUCCGAGGACAAGGCCUAA